AUGAGUUCAAUCGUUAAUAAAAGCGGUGUCCGCUUUACUCCUAAGGUCAGACAAAGGCGACCUGCAUCUGCUGCUCCGAAGUCAGCUCCAAUACCACCAGUGUUGUCUAGCUCAUCAACUUUGGUUGAUGGAUCUACGGAAGCCGCCAAUGACAAAGAAAAUAAUCAAUCACUGUCUUCAGAUGAAAGUAAAACUGUUGCAGUUGAAGAGGAGGAUCCUCUGUCAAAUACUCAGUUAGCUGCAGACUUGGAUUCUUCUCAGAUGGGAACGCAACUGUCUCCAUCGAUUACAGUACCGGAAACAAACACCCAAAGACGACGUUCCAGUAGGUUGGAUUCCUUGUCUUGUGCUCCAGCUUUGUUUAAAUCAGGGUUUAUGAGUUCUCAGGGAGCUACUGCAUCUCAGCCGAUUGAACAACAACAAGGUAGGCGCUUGUCUACGGUCUCGAAUAAUGGUGGGAAGAAAAAGAGACUAAGUAGCAUUUCUGGGACGGACUCCCAAUUUCAAGAGAUUAAGAAACGCAGGAUGUCUUCAAGGUCCGCAAUUUCACGGAAAUCAGGUUCAGCCCAACGUAUCAGUGUUGUUUCUCGAAUGUCCACCCCCGAAGUGUCUAUUGCUUCACCAUCGGAUGCGAAUUUGAAAAGAGAAUCAACAAAUCCAUUAUUCCAACGGACUGACGACUUAUAUGUUAAACAUACUAUUUCCACGCUGAAAGAAAUCCCUAGAAAUAUAACAGACGAGGACUCUUCAAGGUACAUGGUUGACGAGGACAGUUUUACAAUGGCCGACCUUUGUAAACCACUGCUGCCUAUCGGGGAAGUUUCUGAUAACUUCCACCGUGCUCAAGAAGCUACCAAAGCUAAACUAGAAGCGCGUAAAAAAAGGAGAGAGCUUCGAAAACAGGCCAGGGAACAGUUCAAACCUCUGAAUAAUCUAACCUCUGAAGAUACUGCGAAAGUGAAGUUGGAAAGGAAAAAGGCUGCAGAAGAAAUCCUAAAUGCUGAAAUACCAGAGGAAAGCCAACACCAGACUAUUCAGUUGAAGCUAAACGCCGACGGUACCAUGGACGUCGACGAAGAAUCUACCGUUGUUGAUCGACACAGAAACGCUUCCUAUGAGAACGCUCAGAAAGAAAGGCUAGAUAAUAACCCUUUCGACAACCUAUAUAAUUCGUCGACAUACGGCCGUCAGCGAUAUACGGAACCCUGGACAAGUGAAGAACUCAUCAAGUUCUACAAGGCAUUGUCAAUGUGGGGAACAGACUUUAAUCUAAUUGCCCAAUUAUUCCCAUAUAGGACAAGGCGUCAAAUAAAGGCUAAAUUUAUUAAUGAAGAAAAGAAACACUCCGUUAUAAUUGAACUUGCGCUUCGAUCCAAGUUACCGCCAAACUUUGACCAAUACUGUAACGAAAUUCAAAAAAAUAUCGGUACUGUUGAUGAAUUUAAUGAAAAACUACAACAAUUGAAGGUUGAGCAUGAAGAGCAUUUGAAACAGAUUGAGCUUGAGAAGCAGAAUGCCCGUGAGCAGGACCUGCAACAACAGGCCUAUAAGGAAAAGGAACGCGCAAAUCACGGUGGAAGAUAUCCUGGUAAAUCAAGAAGUGAACAACUGAAGGCAUACAGGAAAUCUGAAAUUGUUUUGGGUACAAUUGACACUCUGAAAAGAAGCUAA